AUGGAGAUAGCAAGAUGCAUGCUAGCAGAAAAAAAGAUGCCUAAAUAUUUUUGGGCUGAGGCAGUCAAUACAACAGUCUAUUUGUUGAACAGGUUACCAAAUAGAGAACUCCAAGACAUGACACCAUUUGAAGCAUGGAAAGGAAUAAAGCCAUCUACGAGACACUUAAAAGUCUUUGGUUCAGUUUGCUAUACACAUGUUCCAGAUGCUAAAAGAGGCAAAUUGGAUAACAAUGUGGAACUCUGUAUUUUAUUGAGCUAUAGCACAGCUGCAAAAGGGUACAAAGUAUAUAAUGUUCGUACGAAGAAGAAGAAUGAUAUUUCUUCCAAUCCUAUUGUUAGAGCGGGAUACUUUUCAAAUAUUGAAUUGACAACUGAUUCUCCAGUUUUGAAGACCAGAUCACUAGCUAAAGUUUAUGAGCAAUGCAAUUUUGCUCUUGUCGAACCAUCUUCCUUUAAAGAAGAAGUAAGUCAUGAAACUUGGAUUUUCGCAAUGGAGGAGGAGCUUGCCAUGAUUAAUAAAAAUGAUUCCCCAAAGAAUAUAGUUGUUGAGGAGUUCAGAGAAAGGGGGAGCUCAGAAACUCAACAACAUGAAACUCGACAAGGAGAUGACUCACUUGGUUCACAAAGACCAAAAGAACAUAUUGUGAAGUCG